UCUACAGCGACGCUCCACAAAUAAGGUACGAGUCAUGUUCCUGACGUGGAUGUUUCUGCUGUCUGCUCUUCCAAACGUGCUUUCCGCCGGCUCCAUCUUCUGUCCGGACCCGGAGGCAGAUCACAUGACUGAUUGUCUUGGGCUGCGCUUCACCUGGAUACACUCGGUCUUCGAUAACUUCCCCUCCAUGCUGAGCUUUGUGUCGAAGCUGCACUGUGCGACGGGGAUUUGCCCACAUGACCUGGAAGAUUAUGGCUGCUCCUGCAGAUAUGUGGCAGCUGGAAACCCCGUGGAUGCUCUGGACGUGUGCUGCGAGGCUCACCGGCUGUGUUACCAGAACGCUGCCCCCUGCAGGCAGGAGCUGCCGCUCGCCCCAUACAACUUCAGCUGUGCAGCAGCUGCAAACACCAGCUGCGAUGCUGCUGAUUUGUGUCAGCAGAGGUUCUGUGAAUGCGACCGAGCCGCCAUCGACUGCAUGACUCAGAGCCCGUACAACUCAACGCUGAGAGGCCUCGCCGACACGUCCUGCUCAGCUACAAAUCAAACAGUUUGGCAAAAUGGGACCAAAUCCAUGACUCGUGCUGUGGAGGACGAGGAGGAGAGUGGAUCAAAAUCACUGAUCAAUACAGAUCUGCUCGGCGGCGUCGAGGAGACAGGUGAAGUCUUCAGAGCAGCAGAUGUUCUCCCAGUAGAAAACACCUCAGAAAGCUUUAAUUUCUCCAGCUCGUUCUUCCUGUCAGCAGCAGUAACAACAGGCAGGGUGGAUAACCAGAGUGACACCAAGGCCGUGGAGUACAACCUCAGCACUCCAGCACCGCUGAUGCCUGCUGAGGACCUUGAGGAAGGCACAGGAGGUGCAGCGGAGGUGGAAGAGGCAGAGAUGACACACCUGAGUUAUAUCUCUAAAGAUCUGAAUGAGAGCGCCACAGAGGAAGCACUCGAGCAGGAAGAGAUAAAUGGGGAUCAGAUGACCCACAAUCCUCCAGCAAUCAGCCGGGAUUCAGGUUUGCGCGUUCAUGGUGAAGAGACGCCAACUGAAGCAGAAUCCAACCUGACCUCUUCACUGAGCUCUGCUGCUGAAAUCACAGAGGUGAAUGAAACGGGAACAUCAGCGCCGCUCGAUCACAUUUUACCAUCGACUCCUCCGAGAACUACAACUCCCAGAGAGCUGACAUCAGCGGCUGUGGAAGAAUCAGCCGAGACAGGUUUAGCCUCAACAACAACCAACGCGAGUCCUUCUGAGUCAUCUGAGGAGGAAGGAAAUGGGAAAGAGGAGGAGGACAAUGAAGAGGAGCAGGAGUCUGUCUUUGAUGUGCUCAAAACUACAACAAUGACAACAGCAACAACACCGUCAGCCACAAGGAAAACUCCUCACACAGGCCCACAGAUCACAACCAGAGUCACAACACAGGCCUCAACCAGCAGCUCGCUCCCACUAACCAAACCAGUGAGAACCACCACUCCUCCUGACGACUCAUCAGAGGAAGACGCCACACCUCCUCUUCCUCCUCCUCCUGCUGCUGCUGCUUUCAGUCUUCAGAGUCAAGGUGAAACGCUCCCAACAUCCGCAACAACCACAUCUUCAUCAGCGGCUUCAGUGAGAACCAUUGCAGAGACGACGCAGAGGAGACCGGCCACCUCCGUCACACCGCGUUGGGAGGUCCACACCCGAAGCACAACAGCAGCGGUUUUAAAACCUCCGCCACGCUCCACCAGCGAGGCUGGAUCCGAGGAAAAGACCGGAACGACAACGGUCAAACCUCUGAGUGUGGAAGGAGGAGAGGAGGACGACUCGCGGGAGAAAGACUCGGACGACUGGUUCACUCCUCAGAGGAGGGCGGUGCCGUUCUUCGCCUGGUCCCUGCUGGAGUCUGUUGGGCUGACCGACAUACACCUGCAGCCAGACACCAAAGCAGAAUGCAGUCACUCCUUCAGCGUGUACGCCAGCGACGGUCAGUCCAGACGGGAGAUGCCGGCGCUGGGGGAGAUGCUCCACUGCCUGACGGGACGCUGCCCACACGAGUACGAGAUGUACGGCUGCUACUGCGGACAGGAGGGCGGCGGUCAGCCUCUGGAUCAGCUGGACAGGUGUUGCUUCUUCCAUCAUUGCUGCCUGAAGCAGAUCAGCUCGAUGGGCUGCAGGCCAGAGAGGAAGCUCAACACUCAGAUCUCCUGUGAGAACGCAAAACCACGAUGUCAGGGGGUCACUGUGUGCGACAAACUGCAGUGUGUAUGCGACAAAACCACAGCAGAGUGCAUGGCGGCCGCACACUUUAACCACAGUCUGCCGACGCCGCAGUGCCACGGGCCGACGCCCCCCUGCCGCCGAGCCAGCAGACCCCCCAAACCUCUGAGGUUCUCCCCCCAGUCCAGCGAGGAGUCGAACAUGGAGGUCGGGGACGCCAGCAGUGAGGAGGACACGGCUGCAAACACACCUCCACCUCAGCAACCUCCUCACAGCCAUGACAGCUCCGACCUGAAGGACAACGAGAAGUUGACUCCUUCUGCUGGAUCACCCGGAGACGUGACACAUCCUCCUCCUCUCCCUCCCCCUCCUUCUCCUGCUGCCUCCAGUGAGGAGAGCGGGGAGCGACCGACACUCAGCGGGGUUCAAAACCAGAACCUGAGGCCGAGUGCAGGGCAGGGCCAGGGGCAGCAACCGGGAGAGAGGGAGGAGGAGGAGGAGGAGCAAGAGAGAGGAGAAGAAGAGAAGGAGGAGGAAGAGGAGGAGGAAGGUGGAAAAGAAGAAGAAGUAGAGGAAGAGGAGGAAACAGAGAAAGAGGAGGAGGAAAAAUAGAAGCUAACGAAUUCCUUCUCUGUGACAGACGUGAUGUGAUGUCAUUUUGGGGCCUUGCUGUGUCACAAGCUGGACUCAACGUUUUCUGACAUCUUUGAUUAAAAAAAAAAAAAAAGAUCAGUUUGUUUACUU